ACUCCAACAUCCAGGACUGUGUCUACCACAUUUCCAAGCACAACCAAAUCAUCCAGUACCACGCUCAGCACCACUGUCCAAUCGACAACACUCAAAACCACAUUUCCAAGCACAACCCAAUCAUCCAGUACCACGCUCAACACCAAUGUGCAAUCGACAACUACGGCUCCUCUGGAUACAAGUUUCUCCCAAUCAAGUUUCUCCUCCACACGUCAAACUCCAACAUCCAGGACUGUGUCUACCACAUUUCUAAGCACAACCCAAUCAUCCAGUACCACGCUCAACACCACUCUGCAAUCGACAACACCCAAAGCAAGCAGCACUCACUACUACGGCGCUUCUGGAUACAAGUUCCUCUCAAUCAAACUUCUCCUCCACCUGUCAAACUCCAAAAUCCGCGAUCGGGUCUACCACAUUUCCAAGCCCAACCCAAUCAUCCAGACUGUGUCUACCACAUUUCCAAGCACAACCCAAUCAUCCAGUACCACGCUCAGCACCACUGUCCAAUCGACAACACUCAAAGCAAGCAGCACUACUACGGCGCCUCUGGAUACAAGUUCCUCCCAAUCAAGUUUCUCCUCCACACGUCAAACUCCAAAAUCUGCGAUUGGGUCUACCACAUUUCCAAGCACAACACAAUCAUCCGGUACUACGCUCAAUACCACUGUGCAAUGGACAACACCCAAAACCCAAUCAUCCAGUACCACGCUCAACACCAAUGUGCAAUCGACAACACCCAAAGCAAGCAGCACUACUACGGCGCCUACAACCCAAUCAUCCAGUACCACGCUCAACACCACUCUGCAAUCG